UACAGUAAUUUGUCAACCAGGAAGUUGUGCCAGGUGUGGGGCAUUUUGUGUGGCAGUUGUUCCUCAUUUCUGAUCUUGCGUGACGAGCAGAAAGGUGCAGACAGGUCUGUGGGAGAGCAGAAACUUCAGUUCCAAGUGUGGCUGCUUGUUAAUGAAUAACUCUCCUUAAACAUGUUGGAUCCGAGAGUGAAUGAGACCAGAGCGACGGCCACCAACUUCAGCCCCAAUUACAAAGACUUUGUUAUCACUGGACCCAGGCCACCAGGAUACGUCCAAUCUAUGCAGAAGAAAAACACAGUGAAAGAACUUCUAAUGAUGAAAUGCCAGAAAAGGAACUGCUCAGAGGAGGACAACAACGUGGAGUAUAAGUUUAAAUCAGCAAAACCUGAAACUUUUGCUGGUGAUGUGAGUCGUCACAUGCUGGGCCCUCAAGCACCCCUGAACCCAAAUACCCUCACUCACUUCCCUCCAGCUCAAAACGGUUACAUUACCCAACAGCAAAUGCAACAUCCAGCUCUGUCCCAGCUCUCUCAGGGCCCAGUGGCUCCGGCUUGUGAGAUCAAAAUGUCUUUAUUUCACUGGCAAAUCCAACAAGAGACGCAGAGAGUUGGAGGAGUUUCUCCUGAGCGGCUGAACGUGCAAGAUGCAGACGGUGACACGUUUCUGCAUAUAGCAGUGGCACAAGGUCGACGGGCUCUGGCGUAUGUGCUUGCUGCAAAAAUGGCUUCAUGUGGCUCUCUGGACAUGAAAGAACACAACGGGCAGACAGCUCUUCAGAUAGCUGCUGCUACCAAUCAGCACUUAAUUGUCCAAGACCUGCUGACACACGGAGCACAGGUCAACACUUUUGACUUCUGGGGCCGGUCUCCUUUGCAUGUGUGUGCUGAGAAAGGCCACUUUCUCAGCCUGCAGACCAUCUGGAGGACCCUAACAGGGAGUGGGAAACCUAUUGACAUUGAAAUUUUCAAUUAUGAUGGUUUAACCCCACUCCAUGCAGCAGUCUUGUCUCACAACGCUGUCAUUAAACAGCUGAGGUGUCUGGACAACCCUUGCUCAUAUGUAAAAAUGAAGAUGGCUCAGAGGAGACAGAUGUUUGUUGAAUGUAUUAAGACUCUUCUGCUCAUGGGUGCGUCCCACGGCACCAAGGAUCUGAAGAGUGGACGGACUUGUCUUCACAUGGCUUCUGAGGAAGCAAAUGUGGAACUGUUGCAAGUUUUCCUUGACCAGCCAUAUUCACUGUCCCUUGUAAAUGUUAAGACAUUUAGUGGAAACACUGCCCUGCACAUUGCCAGUUCUUUGCAAAACCAUUCAACUCAAGUGGAAGCAGUGAAGCUGCUGAUGAGGAAAGGAGCAGACCCCGGGAUCAGAAACUCUGAAAAUGAGCUUCCGUCUCAGCUGGUGCCUGAGGGACCCAUUGGUGAAAAGGUAGGGUGUGAAACAAGGACGAGGUUGUCCUGUCGCAUUACUCAGAUUUGAUGAAUGACACUGAUAAUUUGUCUUUUUUUAAGGUGAGGAAGAUCCUGAAAGGGAAAUAUGUCCACGCUUAAGUGAAGUUCAAAAACACUGUCAGUCAGACAGUCGCCCCUAUCAAUGUAUUAUUUGCCAAAAUAAGGCAGAUGCUGUUUGUUUCAGUGAAACAUGCUAAAUUGUUCAUUACCAUGUAAUACUCAAGGUGAAGUGAUGGUGAAUUAUAUAUAUAUAUAUAAAUAUAUAUUUAGGGAGAAUCAUGGGUUCAGUCUUUUUUUAAAUUUUAAAAUAGGGUUGUAGAAAAAGGGAAUGGAAAUGUUAUGCUACAUAUCAAAUUUUAGAAUAGAAAUACCUAACAUAGUAAAAGUUUCAUUUUAUUGUGGUGUCCAUGUAGUCAUGUGUUAGUAAUAGAAUACACAUGUAUUCUCUCACGUGAGAUCAUUUUGAUUACGGUGAGACUUCAGGUGUUGACAGGUGAUUCUAUAUCACCAAAAUGUUGUUUUUUUUUAGUGUUUGUAUAUGUUUUAGUUGGAGAACCGACUGACUGCAUUAUUAAGCACAUUUUGUUGUUAAAUAUACAGUACAAGUUAACUGUGCUUUGUGGGUGUCUAAUUUUCAAUAAAAAAGAUAAAGACGUGGAAAAACUUUUAUUUAAUCCGGGUGCUGUAAGCUAUUUCAACCAGCAGAGGGCACUGCUGUUACAGCUUCAGAUGAGACAGAGUGGAUACCAAUAGCAAACAGAGGCGGUUCUGACACAUGGUCAAAUGGUUUACACGGACCCUCAUUUCCCCACAAUAGACUAUGUUACAUCAACAUAAUUCAGCUCUGUAUUAACGCUCCUGUGGACAUUACUGCAUUACUAUCUCUUUGCACUACAUCUACUUUGCAACAUUGCACAUUAUUAUUAUUUUUAGACUGUUUCUUCCCCUUGUACUUCUUUCUUUUAUUUAGUAUGUUUCAGUAGUUUUCUAUGGGACUUAUCAGUCCAAUUCUUCUGUUUGCACCAACAACACCACGUCAAACUCCUUGUAUGUGUAACAUACCCGGCAAUAAAGUGUUUCUGAUUCUGA